AUGAACAUGGAGUUACCUUACGCGUACAACAAACACAAUAAUGUACAUGUCUUACAUGGAGACUCGUCUAGAUUAUUUGUUAUCAUUCGACACUCGGAAUCGAGGGUGCUCAUGAAAAUCCUAGCUCAAGCUUUGCUACUUGCCCUCCUAAUCAUGGUAUUAGUCGGUGUAUGUGGAGGAACCAAUGCUAGAGAAUAUGAUAAUAUUGUCUUACCAAGCAAAAAUAAUGUUAAGUUAAUCACAAAUAAUAUUAAUAAUAAUAAAAACGCCUUGGUUUUUCAAGAUCUUGCUAAUGAAGGAUUAUGGAAAUCAACUAAGGAUAAAUCCAUCAUUGUUAGUGACACCAAAGAACAAGUGAUCGAGGCAACGAAUAAGGUUGAAUUUACCCUUACAUUAUCACCUUCAGACACGAAAUACAAGUCCAUACACAAUGAUACAUUCGAUUUCUCCUACACCGAUUGCUUUGGAAGAGCAAUUGAAGGUUUCCUAGACCGAACCCUAAAGAUAGGUGGUGUCAUGGCUGUCCAACUUAGUCGAGAUCCAGCGAUGGCAUUCGAGGGGCCACCAAAUUACAAAAUUGUUUAUUUUAGGAAGUGUAAUAAUUCUACAUUUAUCGCGAUGAGGAAGGUGGCCUAUGCUAAUACAAUGUCAUCGAGAUCAGCCUCUCAAAGGAAGCUAUUACAAUUUUUUUCGGAGGAAAAGAAGGCAGUUCUAGGCAACCUCGAGGAUGUCCUCUUAGAGCCACCGCGAUCAGCCACAGGAAAGUCUAAGACAUACCUAAGGAAAACAAAAUUUCUUCCUGAUCUAUUGAAUGACUCUUUGGAGGGUUACUCUAGGAGAGUGUACAUUGAUGUAGGGGGUGGUCAUGGAUCAACGCGUUGGUUCGAGCAAAACUACCCUACUCGAAACAAGGACUUUGACAUGUAUAGGAUUGAGACUGUCCCUGAGACGGAGGUGGAAUCAGACGAUGCAUGGGAAGGGCCACCUACACAAAUGGGGAUCUCGGAUUGGUUGUGGAGGAAUGUUAAGGCCGAGGAGUACGUGGUGAUGAAGGCUGAUGCCGAGGUGGUGGAGGAGAUGCUAAAAAGUAAGGCUAUCGCGCUUGUGGAUGAGCUCUUCUUGGAGUGUAAGCCUAUUGGGAAAGGCGGUAGUAGCAAAAGGGCUUAUUGGGAAUGCUUGGCUUUGUAUGGAAGGUUAAGGGAUUUUGGUGUUGCUGUGCACCAAUGGUGGGGGUAA